AGCUCGUGUUUGCUCUACCCUCAUUCAAAAUAGAACACAGCUGUUGCAGAGCACACCGCCUUUGUAGGAGCGUCUGCAAUUUGAUGCACUCGAGUUGCCACAACGAAAAAAACAAGUGUUUCACCCGAAAAGAGGAACUUCGCACUCUUCUCAGUUUGACGGUAGGUGUCAGGAGGAUACUGAUUAAACACCCUGCAGUGUCAAGAAGACACCAACGCUCCAGCACUAUGCCCAUCUGAAACCGCUGAGUGCCUACACUUAGGAUCAGGAUGAGGAGUUCUCUCCUGCGCUGACAGACAGAUGGUGUGGGAAUCAUGGACCUCCCCAAUGGCCAAUCAUGCGUCACCACCGCCGCUGCCGCCACCUCGGAGAAGAGCAGCAGCUCGGAGUCUCUCAGUGAUAAGGGUUCCGAGCCGAAGAAGAGCUUUGACGCGGUCGUCUUCGAUGUCCUGAAGGUCACCCCGGAGGAGUAUGCCGGUCAGAUCACUCUCAUGGACGCCCCGGUGUUCAAAGCCAUCCAACCUGAGGAGCUGUCGAGUUGCGGAUGGAACAAAAAGGAAAAGCACAGCUCUGCCCCAAAUGCUGUGGCCUUCACCCGCAGGUUCAACCAGACGACCUUUUGGGUGGUGAGGGAGAUCCUCCACGCUCAGACUUUGAAGAUCAGAGCCGAGGUCCUCAGCCUGUACAUCAGAACUGCCAAGAAACUGUGUGACAUCAACAACCUGCAUUCUGUGAUGGCUGUGGUGUCAGGUCUACAAAGCGCUCCCAUCUUCAGACUCACCAAAACAUGGGCGUUGUUGAGUCGGAAGGACAAAGCAGCAUUUGAGCGCCUGGAGUAUCUCAUGGCCAAAGAAGACAACUACAAGCGUCUCCGAGACUACAUCAGCAGCCAGAGCAUGAACUCCUGCAUUCCAUACCUAGGCAUGUAUCUGUCUGACCUGACAUAUAUAGACUCUGCGUAUCCCUCGACUGGAAGCAUCCUGGAGAACGAGCAGAGAUCCAACCUGAUGAACAACAUUCUGAGGAUCAUAUCGGACCUACAACGCUCCUGCACUUACGAUAUACCAGUGUUGCCUCACGUCCAGAAGUAUCUCAACUCAGUCAGGUACAUCGAGGAGCUUCAGAAGUUUGUGGAGGAUGACAACUACAAGUUGUCGUUGAAGAUUGAGCCAGCCACCAGCACCCCCCGCUCCACUCCCUCUAGGGAGGACCUUGUAGGUCCUGAUGCCUCCGCGUCUCCUCUGUGUGGUCGUAAGGGCCCUAUUGCGGAUGGAACCAAAGUCCCACCCACGCCUCCCUCCCCUCGGAACCUCCUCCCAUACGGCCACAGGAAGUGUCACAGCCUGGGAUACAAUUUUAUACAUAAGAUGAAUACAGUGGAGUUUAAGAGCGCCACGUUCCCCAAUGCUGGUCCUCGGCAUCUUCUGGACGACAGCGUCAUGGAGAUCCACACCCCUGCUAGGGGACAAGCCGAGAGCUCAACGCUCUCCAGUGGGAUCUCCCUGGGGAGCAGUGAGGGUUCAGAACUCAGUGAAGAGAUGUCUUGGCCGGCUUUUGAGAGGACUCGGUUCUAUCACUCUCUGGGGCCAGUGACCCGCGUGGCCAGAAUCCCCUGCAGAGGAGGCCUGAGGCCCAGCAGCUCAGCGGAGUCCGAGGAGCUAGCGGUUCACCUCUACCCUGGGUCCGUUACCAUACAGGGAGUCCUACGACGCAAGACUGUCCUCAAGGAGGGCAAGAAACCCACGGUGGCGUCGUGGACCAAGUAUUGGGUAGCUCUGAGUGGAACUCAACUCUACUACUACCCAGCCAAGUCUCUGAAGGCCACUGAGAGAAAACACUUCAAGUCAUCCAGUAGUAAGUGUGUGUGUGUUUUGGGAUUGAUGGCCAUCAUGCCAGAAGACCCUGAACACCGUGACGUCUUUCUGCUCACAGACUCUGAACACGGUAACUCCUAUAAGUUCCAGGCAGGGAGCAUGUCGAACGCAGAGCUGUGGUUCAAACACCUCAGCGCAGCCUGCCAGAGCAACAGACAACAGGUCCCAGACAAUCUGAUGUCCUUUGAAUAAGUGUUGCUGGAGAUGAUGGAGAGGUGAAAGAGGAGAAAUAGAAAAGGAGGGCUAGUGAUACAACAGCAGGAGCUUUCACUGCCAUGACCCCUGACCUAUUACCCCUGACCCUAGCCCCACCUGCCACCACUGCCUUAAACCUAAGGAGCUGUGUGUGCUUGUGUGAAUGUGUGUGUAGACGUCGUGGUUAAUUUAGCUGAAUAUAUCAGUGAAUGAGGACCUACACCACUAGUUAUCUCUCUUUGUUGUUUUUCCCAUCAGCCCUGUGGAGCUAUGGGAUGUGACCUCUCCUCUCUCCUGGUUGGAUAGACAUGUUCUUAAGGAUGGACGGAUGUGGCUUCUCUCAUCCCUGUUUUCAUCUGCUUUCUUCUUGACAUCCCUUGCUCUGGUGGGAGACAAACUCUGUCCUUUUCUAGGGCUGGACUCAAGCUCUCUGUCUCACACACACACACACAUACACUCACUCAAAAGUGGACUAACCCAAUGGAACUGCAUUUCAAAGACCCUUUUCUUUAUCACUCUUUGGCACGCACAUGAUGUCUUCACACAGUUCACUUGGGAUAACCAAAUAAUGAAACACUUUUCCCACACUCACACAAACACACGUGCACACCAACGUCCGCACAUUCACACUGACGAGGGAUGAUGGGGUCAAUGUGACUGGCCUGCUUGAUUGCAGCACUGUAAACAUUAAGGGCUCUCAAAUCUCAAUCUAUUCCAGCAAAAAAAACACACACACACACACACACAAUCUAGAUGUCUACUAGUGUUUUAUGGUUUACUCUGAUUCUCUUUCUCUGCUGCGCAUCUAUCCGCGUGGAGCUAUAGGUACCAUUACCGGUACGAAGAAAGCAAAACAAACUCUUAAGCAAUCGAUAUUUGCACACUUAUGGGCCCAGUAUCUCUUAGGAACAGGCUUUAUGCUUACUUGUUCCUGGACAGUUUUCUGACUUCACGUAAGGCUCUGGAUUCACCAGACAUUCAUACUAAAGAAUUGAAAAGCUUUUUAAAGAGGGAACGUCUGAAUAGUGUUGAGUCCACACAAACGUAUGGGUUUUAUCUCAACACUUUUUGGGUUGUGGCUUUAACGUUUGGGAUAUUCAGGUCCUGAACUCACAUAGACUCAUGAGCGCAGACACAGACACAUUGACAUAAGAUACAUAACUCUCAGAAGCCCUUCAGAAUCCAUUUCAAUGAUUUCUUUAGUUAUUUAGUCUCCUUUGUGGUGUUGUGUUUGGGCUGUAUCGGCAGUAUUACCCCUAUAGUUGAAUUGCACAUGUCUGGUUUUUAAUAUUGUUAUAUUUCUGUUACAUUUUAUUUUAACAUUUUAUUGAUGACAAUUUUGUACUUUUUAUUCACUUGUUUGUUUUGAUGUAAUUAUUUUUCUUCUGAUUUCUCACCUAUGAGUUGAUCACAAAGAGGUACGGUGAAGAUCUAUAACACUUGGUCUGGGUUGAGCCUCUAGACUGUUCCCCGGGUCCAGGAAUAGGAAACCUGGUUUCUGGAGAGUCACAGGAUUUUGCUUUAACAGUUCGGUCAAUUACUGGGAUUAUGAAUUGCCUAAUUAGUCAGCCAAUUAAAUUGAACUCCUGGUCUUAUAGGUCAGAUAAAUAAAAUCAACACUGUACCCUGGAGCUCCCCGGGAACAGGGUUACCAAGCCUUGAACUGGUCCAUCAUCCUGGCAUUGUCAUUAUCGUGGAUCGGUGUAGGCAAGUUGUUUCAUGGAUCCACCUCACAGAGAUAAAGUACUCCUACAUUUCAUUCCCAUUAUAGCCCUCCAUCUUCCCCUCCAGUUGGCUAAAAUGUCCACCAUAUUGCUUGCACCGAUCCCGUAGUUUCUGGUUUGUGACGCCAGAUGGAUUGGCCAGCAGUUGGAGUAGACCCGGGCCAGAGUGUUCGUGGUUUGGGACAUUGGAUCAGGUCUCAACCUUCAGUGUGUAUGAGCGGGGUGCACCAAUGUACCAAAUGCACGUUUCUAGUCCGAUUUGGGAGCAAGAGUUACAGUAAAAAGAAAUAAGCUGAAUCCAUGGAAUGGAGUAUGGAUGGUGUGUGGUUAGGUAUUUAAAUAGUACUUUCAGAAAGGAUGCUUUACAAUUGUUUUUAUCCUUCAUUCUCUCCUGUCUUUUGUCUCAACUCAACUGUUACUUUAGGUCCCGACUGGUAACAAUGGUUUACAUUCUCCAUCACUUUGUCGCUAUGUCUUUUAGUUAGCAUGUCUAUUGUCCAGCAUUGUAUUUCUCACACCUGCAAAUUACUUUGUGUCAUCUCCAAGAGACUCCAACUCCCAUGAAGCCAGCGGAGCAACAGUUGUCUGUUAGUGGCUAAGCUAAUGGGAAUAGGUAGAACAUACAGAGGUUCCCCUGAUAUAGGUUCUGAUGUAUUCAAUUCAUAAUGGUUAACAGUGGGCUUGGUGUAAUUUGAUAUUAUUUGUUAUGAGCAGCGUCUACAGAUUCCACUUGAAUGACACAUUUCAGAUGUUUCAACUCUCUGCUCUCAGACGUUAUCCCAGAGUGACCCCACAGAUGCACGAGGAUAGCUACAGCGCUGCAGCUUCAUUACCCGCUAGCCUUCAGCAGGGCUUUAAUGUUAAACAGACUAGUGGAUGAGAAAUCCAAGUAGAGGCGGUGAAAGAAAUGGAACUGGUGGGUGGGUGUUUUACUGAUUCAAAGGGAUGAAUGCUGAUCAUGCAGUGUGUGUGUGUAAAAAAAAAAAAAAAAGGUUUUUUACCUGCUAUUUAGCUUUAGAUUGGCAGAACCUCUAGGUUGCCAUUCCCUCACUGUUGAACAGUGGGCAGCAUUAUACUGCAUAUUUUGUGCAGAGUUUGUUUGAACAGUGAAGUCUAGUUGAAACAAAGGGCUUUAUUGAACUCUGACAAAACAGAAGCUGGACAGAGAGGCAAUGGGAGUAAGAGGACCAGGGUCUCUUCCAAGCGACGUAGCGGCCUAUACCAGUGUCAAUGUUACGUAGCUGUAGGAGGGGAAGUAGGUGCAUCAUUGAGUUUUCACACAUCCACAGUUGGCUUUUUGUUUCUGAGAAAUAUCUGAAUGUCAAAAAGGUUUGUUUGUGAGGUUUCCACAUUGUAACCAGUUUCCACGGUUGCUGUGUCUACAUGUACAAUUGCACAACCAGUUUGUGAAUGUGCUGAGUGAAGUUGCUUUUCUCGAUUUUGUGCCGCAGUCUUUUUUGGGACAGAUCCUUCAGUUCAGCUGAGGUGACUGGGUGGUUUUAAUGAGAUACGGGUGUCAUGUGGUCAUUGUAUGUGUGCUGUAGAGAUGGAGACGUUGCCUUUAGACACAUUUCCGGGGUCAGUUUCUUAACCUUCAAUCCUAACUGUAAACAAUAGGGAAGAAAAUAUGAUACUGACCGUAGACCAGGGCCUAGAGGCAACAUCUACCUACUCUACUCAAUAUGACUCCUGGAGAGUGACGUUUAUGAUGUGUUGAAGACGUCACCUACCCCUGUCCACGUCCCCUGUGGGAUGUGUGCACGUGCCAGCCCUCAACCUCUGUGUAGCCUGACCCUGGUGUGAGACCCCCCCCCCCCCAUGUCAAAUGGCCAGGGUUUGCACUAUGACCUCUGAACUGAGUGAUGUGACCCGGGUCUCAGCCAGACAACCAAUAAACACUCUACCCUUUUUA